UUCGGUGCAAAACAGGGUAUUGGGUGCGGGAUCAGAAGGUGUGGUGUAUAUUAAGGAUAUGAUAUGCCGAUUAGUUUUGAUGAUCAUCAACUCAACCUUAGAAAUAAAGAAAUUAAUUACCAGUAUGGGCGCAUUUAAGGUUGUUUUCCACUGCGGAAUAGGAUUCCUUGUCGCUUUGCUUCUUUUCUCCAGUUCAGCUGCUGCUGCUGCUGAUGAUAAUGAUCAGGUUGUCACUAUUGAUGUGCACGCAGCAGCUAAACUCCUCCUCCAUCACCAUCACCCUCUUCAUCUCUAUCUUGAUGUCAGGACUCAAGAAGAAUUCAAGAAUGGUCAGUUGGAGAAUUCCUUCAACAUUCCAUACAUGCUUAAUACUUCUCAAGGUAUGGUGAAGAACCCUAUAUUUGUGGACCAAGUUCUGUCCCUGUGUGCCAAGGAAGAUCAUCUUAUUGUGGGCUGCAAAAGUGGUGUCAGGUCUUUCUAUGCAACCACUGAUCUUCUCAAUUCAGGAUUCAAGCAUGUAUACAACAUGGGAGGAGGAUACAUUGCCUGGACCCAGAACGGAUAUGAUGUUAAGAAGCCACACACCGAUGAACUGUAGCUGCAAGAAAAGAAUAUACCUCAUUUUAUGACAACAUGUUGUACGUACGUGUGAUUUUGUAAGAAUACUAGUUCAUUCACAUCAAACACUAUGUACAUAUAAUUAUUAGUUUUUGACAAAUUAAUAUUGCAUAUUAUUUGUAAAGCGAUGUGUAUAAAAUCAAUAUUAGCGGUAUAUUAUAGAAAAUAUUUUAUAUAUGUAGCAUUUGUAUUUCAAAUACAAUACAAUAUAUAAUUACAUAAUAUUCAUUCCA